AUGUCUAGCUCAGAAACUGUUGAGAAAUAUUUUACUCGUGUUAUAGAUCUUGUCAAUAAGAUGAGAGUCUGUGGAGAAGAUAUGCCCGAUAGGAAAGUGGUAGAGAAAAUUCUUCACACCAUGUCGAUGAAGUAUGACCAUGUGGUGACUACGAUACUAGAGUCCCACGAUAUGGACACCAUGAAGAUUGCAGAGUUGCAGGAAACCAUGGAAAGCCACAUCAGCAGAAUACUAGAGAAGUCAGAAAAAUCAACCGAGGAAGCCCUGAAAAGUCGAGUGAAUUUAAACAAUGUUGUAGAAUCAAGCCAUGAAAAUAUAUGGUACUUGGAUAAUGCUUGCAGUAAUCAUAUGUCUAGUAGAAAUGAGCUAUUUUCUUCAUUAGAUGAUUCAGUCAAACUAUUAUUGAAGUUUGGUAAUAUUACAAAGAUCCCUAUUAAAGAAAAAUGGCACAUACCAAUUAGAUUGAAGGAUGGUUCUCUGAGUUAUAUUUCUAAUGUUUUCUAUGCUCCUCAACUUGAUUACAAUUUAUUAAGUAUAAGGCAAUUAUCUGAGAAGGGAUAUAAGAUGAUAACUUAUCGUGGAUAUUGCACUGUAUUUGACAACAAUGGAAGGUUCAUAGAUAAAUCAAAGAUGACUUCAAACAGAAUGUUUCCGUUAAAAAUUCAACAUGUUAAUCCCUCUUGCAUGAGUUCUGUGAUACUUGAUGAAAACUGGCUGUGA